GUCAAAGCGGAAAGAUUCAUUCAUGGGCACACUGGGCUUCUGUCAGUGAGUUUCCGGAAGAGAGAAGCGCACCAUGCAAAUUGAAAACAGAGUGAAGGAAUGCAGGACUGAUGCGAGAAUAUCACCGUGAAACGGUGUAUCUUCUCGACGGGCCAUGAGUGAAGAGGAGGGGGGCGAUGAUGAGGAUGUAAGAUCCGGGCUGUUCCAAGAUCCGGACUUCCCCGCGGAUGACUCCUCGCUGUUCUCCGACCGCUCCACUCCCAUCGCCAGCCUCCGUGGUCACAUCACCUGGUUGCGGCCGCAGGAGAUCUGCCCGGCCCCCAGGCUCCUCGCGAUGCCUCCCAGCAGGGGCCAGGCCAGGCAGGGCCUGCUGGGAGACUGCUGGUUACUGUGUGCUUGCACCACCCUGCUGGAGAACAGACACCUGCUCGACAAGGUUCUGCCCCCACACCAGCCCCAGUGGGGCCACAGCCGGUAUCGGGGCUCCUUCCUGCUCCGCCUCUGGAAGAACGGCCUGUGGACCGAGGUCACCGUGGAUGACCGGCUGCCCUGCGUUGGCGGAAAACUGUGCUUUUCCCGCUGCCAGGCCCCCGAUGCAUUCUGGGUAUCCCUGCUGGAGAAGGCCCAUGCCAAACUCCACGGGUCGUAUGAGCGUCUGUGGGCGGGGCAGGUGUCCGAGGCGCUGGUGGACCUGACCGGAGGGCUGGCCGAGCGCUGGAACCUGGAGCAUGCUGGGAAGGAGGAGGACCAGGACGGGGGGCAUGGCAGCGACCGGGUCCGUGGGUCGACCAGGAAGCUGGAUCUGGACUUUUUGCAGGCGGUCAGAGAGGGCUGCUCUGUCAGCUGCUCCACACACAGCGCCCCCACAGGUGGCAGUGUGCUGGAGCAGCACCACGCCCUCAACGUGAUGGAGUGGCUGGACGUGAGGACGGCGUCGGGCGGGGAGGUGGUCCGACUGCUUCGCAUCCGAAACCCCUGGGGGCGACGCUGCGGGGGGGGAGCCUGGAUAGAGGGUGGUGAGGGCUGGCAGACCCUGGAGCCGGCCAGCUCUCUGGAGCUUCUGUCCCGCGCUGAGGAGGGCGAAGUCUGGCUGGACCACACCGAGUUCCUGGCGCAGUUUGAUGAUGUCACAGUGGGGUAUCCCAUCAACGAGGACGGGCAUCUACAGAGCAUCUAUACUGGAGAGCUGCUGACUCACAGCCAUCAGCUGUCCGGCCGCUGGGUCAAAGGUCACUCGGCCGGCGGUUGCCGUAACAACAGCAGCUACGGCAGCAACCCCAAGUUCUGGCUGAGGGUGUGCGAGCGUGGAGAGGUUCUGGUGUCCUUGCUACAGCACUGGAGGCCAGGGAGGACGGCACAGUACCCAUGCUCACCAGCAGAGGGCGCCGCCCAUGCACGGCACCACCAGGCCAUAGCAAUCCACAUGUGGAAGGUGCAGAAGAAGCGUGUCAACGUGGCGCGGACGCUGAACAAGGCCCCGUGCGCGUCGACGCGCUGCCACGCGUACGAGCGAGAGGUGAUCAUGCACACGCGCCUGGAGCCUGGCUUCCACAUGGUCAUACCCAGCUGCUUCCAUCAGGGGGCUGAGGCCAGCUUCACCCUCAGGGUGUUCUCCUCCGGUCCCACCUCACUCAGUGCCCUGAAGGCACCUGGGCCCUCGUUGCCGCUGGUAACGGGAGAGUGGGAGACGGUCUACUUCCGGGGCGCGUGGGUCACGGGGUCAUCAGCCGGAGGGGGCAGGAACUUCCUGUCUCACUGGCGGAACCCUCGCUUCCCUGUCGUCGUGGGCGACCACGUGGCCGGCACACCUGGGGUUAAUGUUCAGGUAACCCUGCGUCAAAACCACCCGGAUACUGACCUCCAGCCAAUCGGCUUUCACCUGUAUACGGCUCCAGAGAAGGAGGGGGAGUCUGAGCCGAGCUUACCCAGGGACAAGGAGCCUGUGGCCAGCUGUGUGCCUCACUGCUACACCCAGGAUGUGUCGCUGGCCUGCUACCUACCUCCAGGGGCCUAUGUUAUAGUUCCCUCCACCUACCAGCCCGACUGCCCAGGCCACUUCACCCUCACUGUGGCUCGCAGGAUCCUCAGGAGAGUGGUGCUGAGCCAGGAGAGGCUGGGCAGAACCAUAGAGGAGGUGUCCCACAUCUCUCUGAUGUCUAGUUAGACCCUGUGCUGCCCCUGGAUACCUCAUGGACCCCUCCGUCUCUCACCAGGGGGUCUGUGUAUAAUGUGUGUGUGUGCGUGGUUGUGUAGCUCCUUGCUGCCAUCCCAUCUGUUGGAUGACCAAGUGUUGUUACGGGAAAAGACUUGGCAGAUUAUUUGCUUGUUUCACAUUGGUACGUUGUUGUGUGGGAGAUGUGUAUGAAAAUUAAAUUUAUUUCCUGUAGCCACAUUUGAGUAUUAAAGAUGUAUUCUGGAAAUGCACCAAUGAGGGGUUGCACUUUGAAAA